AUGCCGUCUACGGUCACAGGAACCAGAUACUUCGCCCGCCCCAAGUCCAUCGACGAGACUCUGAAAAGUCCAGUCCGUCAGGACGAGGCCACGAUGGGCCAGACUCAAGACGGCCGGUCGCUGCAGGCUGCCAGGGAUAUCAAAGAAUCCUACACAAAACAAGAGCAGGAGCCAUGGUCCAUUCCGUCGGAGAAGCAGACAAAGCAAGGCAUCACGUUCGCUGCGCAGGACAAGUUACCCAAGCUGCCAAUUCCCGAACUCGACUCGACCAUCAAGAAAUAUUUGGACGCGUUGGCUCCUUUGCAGUCUCCCGCCGAGCACAAUGAGACCCGAGCAGCGGCCAAGGAGUUCCUGGAGCACGACGGCCCGGAACUGCAAGAACGUCUAAAGAAGUACGCCACGGGCAAGACGAGCUACAUUGAACAGUUUUGGUAUGAUUCUUACCUCAACUAUGACAAUCCUGUCGUCCUGAACCUCAACCCCUUCUUUCUCUUGGAGGAUGAUCCAACUCCGGCACGAAACAAUCAAGUCACACGGGCAGCCUCCUUGGUCAUCUCGGCUCUGUGCUUCGUCAGAGCCGUCCGAAAAGAAGAACUGCCACCGGACACACUGAGAGGCACACCGCUGUGCAUGUACCAGUAUUCGCGCUUGUUUGGAACGGCCAGAGUUCCGACAGAGAACGGGUGUGUCAUUGGACAAGAUUCGGAUUCGAAGCAUGUCGUGGUCCUGUGUCGUGGCCAGUUCUACUGGUUUGAUGUGUUGGAUGACAACAACGAGCUAAUUAUGACCGAGAAGGACCUCGCAAUCAAUUUCCAGGUGAUCGUGGAUGAUGCCGAACAAGUUCCCAUCUUUGACGCAGCUAAAGGCGCUCUCGGAGUGCUAACCACUGAAAACCGAAAAAUCUGGUCGGGCCUGAGGGAUUUCCUGACCAGGGAAGAAGGAUCCAACAACGCCGAGUGCCUUUCGAUGGUCGACUCCGCCCUGUUUGUCAUUUGCCUGGAUUAUACGGAGCCAGCAGACGUAUCCGCAUUGUGCGGCAACAUGCUGUGCGGCACGAGUGAGGUGGUUCGCGGUGUUCAAGUCGGCACCUGCACCAACAGAUGGUACGACAAGCUUCAGAUCAUCGUCUGCAAAAAUGGCAGUGCAGGAAUCAAUUUCGAACAUACCGGCGUGGAUGGCCAUACCGUGCUUCGAUUUGCGAGCGACGUCUACACCGACACCAUCCUCCGGUUCGCCAAGUCCAUCAACGGGCAGGCCCCAACGAUGUGGACCAGCCAGAGCCCUGAUCCAUCCAAAAGGGAUCCGGAGAGCUUCGGCGAUGUCAGCACCACUCCACACAAGCUCGAAUGGGACAUGACUCCGGAACUGCAGAUUGCCUUGCGGUUUGCUGAAACCCGUUUGGCGGAUCUGAUCAACCAGAACGAGUUCCAGACAUUGGAUUUUGUGGGAUAUGGCAAGAACUUCAUCACCUCGAUGGGCUUCUCCCCUGACGCGUUUGUGCAAAUGGCUUUCCAAGCUGCUUACUACGGUCUGUAUGGCCGGACCGAGAAUACUUACGAGCCAGCCAUGACGAAAAUGUUCUUGCAUGGUCGCACGGAAGCCAUCCGCACCGUCACCAGAGAAUGUGUCGACUUCGUCAAGACUUUCUGGGCGGACACGGCCGCCCAGAAGAAGGUCGACGCGUUGAAGACUGCCACGCAGAAACAUGUCGCCACCACGAAAGAGUGCAGCAAAGGACAAGGUCCAGACCGGCACCUGUACGCUCUUUAUUGUGUGUGGCAACGCAAGGUGAACGACGAGGGGGCCGAGGCAGCGAGCACGACCGGAUUCAGUUCCAAUGGGUAUUCAAGUCCGAACGAUAUGAGUGAUGCAGGCAGCCCUAGGAGACAGGACGAGAUAUCGCCCAGUGGUCGUUCCCGAGCCAGCACAGAUGCAAGUCGCUCGCCAGCGCCCCACUCUCAGCAUAUGCCACCGCUUUUUAGUGAUGCUGGGUGGGAGAAGAUCAACAACACAAUUCUCAGUACCUCCAACUGCGGGAACCCAUCGCUACGCCACUUCGGCUUCGGCCCUGUCUCUGGGGACGGCUUUGGAAUUGGAUACAUUAUCAAAGACGAUUCGAUCUCGGUUUGCGCGAGUAGCAAACAUCGUCAGACCCAACGCUUCGUGGACAGCCUUGAGUCCUAUCUGAACGAGAUCAGACGCUUGCUCAAAGCUACUAAACCCAAAGACGCUCCGGCCGGCAAAUCUACUCGAGCCAGGGAGGCGGAAGAUAGGACGGGCAAGGAUGGUAGACUCAAGUCUAGGGGCCGGCUGAUCAAGGCCGAGGCUUCCCGGUUCGAUGGAACUCAGACUCCCGCGAGUAUGGAAACGGCAGAGGUGGAGGAUGAUGGUUUGGGCGGGUACGGUUUCUUUGAUGCCGGGAUGCUGCUGCAAGCCCUCAAGAAGGAGCAGCCCCGACCCGCGGACCAGAUUGCGCAGAGGAAGAGGACGGUUGGCAAGAAGCUUGCUUUGACAGAAUAUUGA